UACAUUUUGGGUCGUUAAUUGAGCGUCACAUCGAUGAUGCAUAGGCAGUGCGCAAUCCGACUAUUAAUAAACGUCGUUCAACACCGAACAGUCACGAUCUAAUUAUUAGCCGAGACGUGCUGAUUGGCCGUCCCCAAUGUGGCAAUCGUAAGAAAAAGCUACAAAAGAUACCAGCACGCUUGACCGGCCCAAUUUUUCACGACCGUUUCGUUGCAAGUGUCACCUCCGAUCGUUUGACUAUGAAAUACACGUAGAUGUUGGAUGAAACAUUAACAAUACCCACACAAAUACUCGAAAAAAAAACACGCGCCAACGUCCUCAAAGUAAACGUUUCGAAGGAGCAAUUGUCGGUGGUCGAUAUCUCCCAGUAAAGAUCGAUAUUUGUAUUGUCAUAAAGUGUUACAACAAAGACAGAAUCGAGGGGAGGAGAAAUCCGAUUAUAGAUAAGUUCCAAACGACAUAGAUGAGACUUUAAUCGAAUCGAAACAUUCGACGUUUGACAAAAUAUUCCACUGGUAAGCAAGAGUAUCAAUAAGCAAGCUGCUAUACACAGAAGAAUAUACCUAAGAGGAAGAAAAAGAGUAUCCAAAGAUACUAUAAGGACAUCAGAAUCAUACAGUGCUCCUUUCAAAGGAAGUUCGAAGUGACCUAUCCCAAAUCAGAAGAAAUUCAGUCAUAUAAGAAAACUUGGAAGAGAAGCAAGAAACGUUGAUCAUCUUCGAAGAGACAAACUUCGAACAAAUUUCUCCCACCAUUGAAAAUUCCCCACUGCACCAAGCAAUUUUCCCAAACUCUAAGAAAGUUUCUAAUAAAACAUUUUUAAAGAGUCAUCGAAGAAACCGUAGAGAAACUUUAAAGAAACUUAAAAGAGACUCUAAAGAAAGUCAGCAGAGCACGAUCAAGCAAAAUGGCAGGCUACAUGCCGCCAUUGCAUGUGCCGUUGGAGCCUAAAUGGAAGCACUGGCCCACCUACAUCUAUGACAAGAAUUACUGUUAUGGAAUCAAUUACUACCAACCGAUGUUGGAUUACAUCGAUCGUAAUGGUCGAUCGUCAUCCUUGCCUCCUGAACCUCGCGUCCAAAGAAGACGCGAGCCACCAGAGCUACCCUGGUCCGAUGGUAGAGCUUUAUGGGAAGACAGGCCCGUGGAAACAUACUCGAGGCGUGAGCUGAUUAAACGGGCGAUCGACGCGGAGGAUGAGGCCAGGGAUCAUCUGUCCCAGUUUAAGAUUGCAAAUCGCUCGGACUUCAGCUUGUCGAAGACAGCGCAGGCCAGCCACGUGACCAGAGAGGUGUUUCCGCGAAGAUUAGAAGAGAUCAAGUUGAAACCGUUGCCUUUGCUCGUCGAGAGUGCACGUGUCAGGUCUCAGCUUAGACAGAUCGAACGCGAAAUGGCCGACAUCGACCUGCAGUCCCUGAGAGACGCUCAGAUCAUGUCCGAAGUGCAGAGCGCUCUCGAUCAUGGCAAAAGUUUGCGUGGAAAAUCGGCUAGGGCCAUCGAGUUCCAAUUGAGAGCAGAGGCUUUGAAGAAUUUGAACAAGAGUCAGGAACUGGCGGAUAUCAGAAAGUAUCAGAGAGAGAACGCCGCUGCGAAUUGGGCCUGGGAGACCAAGGAACACGUGAAGCUGAUAGAGGAAAGGACGAGAAAUUUGUUGGACGAGGAGAGAUUGGCGGCACCUCUGAGCAGCCUGAGCAGGGAACUGAAGGGAUACGAGGAGAAGUCGAGCAACUACUUCCUGGACAAGAGGUAUCGACACCCGACCAGACCGAGACGAUUGUACGGGUGCCUGGGAAUCAGGCCCGCUUAAAAUGAUGAAAAUACUUGUAGAUUAAUAGCCGUGUGGGUAAGACUAAUGUGACACGGAACAAUGGAGAGAAUAAACGAUAAAUAAGAAGCAA